CGGAUUCGGCCGCCCGGCAAUAAUGGGCGCGGCCUCGCUCUUUUCGACGAUGGACUGAAAGAACAAAAGAAACAAAAAAAAACCCAGGGGCGCUGGCGCUUUUGUAGAAAGAAAAUUAUUUUUUUUAAAAACGGCGUAAAAAAAAUCAAAAAUCUUUAUUAUUUAAUGAGGAACAAAUAUUUAAUGUUAGUCUUGCCCUGUUAACAUUAUAACAAUGCCGAGUAGUACAGUGUUUACAGACAUGGAGCGGGACGACGGCGAGUCUGGGCCUCUCCACAUCGCCAUGGAGCAACUCACCGUCUUCGGCCUGGACGAUCCCUCGCUGUCGUUGCCGCCUCCCCCUCCUCCGCCGGUGUCACUAGCUCAGCACCUCCGGAACCUGGAGUCGGAUGCUUCCUCCUCGCCUCCUCCUUCCCCCGCCGCUGGGCCUGGGCCCGUGCCCGGGCUCGAGCCGCUGGCCGUGCCCGGGCCACCCCUCCUCCUGCAGGGCCCGGUGAGCGGGAGUCAGCAAGGAGCAGUCCCGGCUCCGUGUCCUUGCCCGACCACCGCUCCUGGCGCCGCCGCCGCAGCAGCAGCAGGAGGAGGUGGUCUGCCCCUUGUUUCUUCUGUCCUGGCUCUGUUCGAGGCCGAGCAGAUCCAGCUCCAGCAACAACAACCCCGAAAGAAGAGCGUUAACAUGACCGAGUGUGUGCCGGUGCCUAGCUCCGAGCAUGUCGCCGAGAUCGUGGGCAGGCAAGGUUGCAAAAUCAAGGCCCUGCGAGCAAAAACCAACACUUACAUCAAGACUCCAGUUAGAGGAGAGGAGCCUAUUUUUGUCGUCACUGGGAGAAAGGAGGACGUUGCUAUGGCUAAAAGAGAGAUCAUUUCAGCUGCAGAGCACUUCUCAAUGAUACGUGCAUCAAGAAACAAAAACGGAGCAGUGCCUGGGACGACAUCUGGUCUAGCUGGCCUCUCUGUACCUGGCACCCCAAGUCUACCUGGGCAAACCACCAUUCAGGUACGAGUGCCCUACCGUGUAGUAGGUCUGGUGGUGGGGCCCAAGGGUGCCACAAUUAAGCGAAUUCAGCAACAAACCCAUACGUAUAUAGUCACUCCCAGCCGUGAUAAAGAGCCAGUGUUUGAAGUGACUGGCAUGCCUGAAAAUGUUGAUAGAGCCCGGGAAGAGAUAGAAGCGCACAUUGCUGUUCGUACUGGCAAUUAUAUUGAAAUCAAUGAAGAAAAUGACUUCCAUUCCAAUGGCACAGAUGUGAGUUUUGACAACAGUGCGUUUGAUUCUGCUUGGGGGAAGAUGAACUCCAUUCCUCCUGCCCGCAAUAGACUUCUGUCCAGCUACAGAAAUGACAGCUCGAGCUCUCUUGGCAGUGGAUCAACUGAUUCCUACUUUGGAAGUAACCAGAUGACUGACUUCAGUCCAACAAGUCCAUUCAGUGCAGGUGGCUUCUGGUUUGGAGAAUCAUUUGCAACCAUGAGUUCUGAAGAUCUGGGGUUUGAAUCGCCUGCCUUUGAUCCCCUUCCAGCCACAACUCAGUCUGUGAUCUGGUGUCCAUUCGAACAAGCAAAUCCUAUUGGCUUUGGUAAUGAAUCAACAACUGGUACAAUAGCCCGUGACAGCCAACCUACUACCCCACGCCUAUCACCAACCUUUAUAGAAAACAUAGAGUUCCCCCUUGCAAGGCGGCCAUGCAGUGACCCUUUGAACAUGGCGAGUCAAGUUGAGCUUCCAGUAUACAUCUCUGCCUUCUCUAAUGGUACAAGCUACUCCUCCUCUAAUGGUAGCACUACUUCCGGUUCACCCACCAACUCGUCUGGCUCUGGUAUGGCCCGGGGCAAACGUGAUUGUGUGGUCUGCUUUGAAAGUGAAGUGAUUGCAGCCCUGGUGCCGUGUGGCCACAACCAUUUCUGUAUGGAGUGUGCCAACCGAAUCUGCGACAAGGAAGACCCAAAGUGUCCAGUGUGCAACACACCUGUUACUCAGGCCAUUCGCAUCUACUCUUAAUGGACUAUUGUUAGGGGGCGUUGUGGAGGGGUGGGGUAGAAUGAUUGGGCGAGGAGGGUAGAAUGUAUGUUGGUACUUGUCUGAAAACUUCCUAAUGGUAAAAUGUGACUGUUAUGUAGUUGGAUUCGUAGGAUUAGGCUACGAGUAUCCUGUAAAUUUUAAAAAGUUGGUAGUACCUUUUUUCUGUUAAACUCAUUUCAUUUCAUUGAUCACAAAGCAAGAUGUGUCAAUUUAUUUGAGGAUAUACAUGCAGGAUUUGAAAAUGUACUUGACAGUGAAAGUGGCCCUUGAGCUUUUUAAGACUUUUUUAAUUGUGCCACUUGCAUCACUUUUUUUUGAGAGAUGCGUGUUCUGGAUUUUUGCCACACCUUCACCACCACCCCCCACUCCAUUUGAUUUACCAGUCUCUAUCAAGUUAACAGAUCUACCAAUCUAGCAGUAGGAUUCUAAUGCAAAUAAAAUAGUUGUUUUUGUCCUUUUUUUCUUACUACUGGAAGUAGUUCAUGGAAAUUGUGAUAUCCAAUAACAAGUAGUUUGACAGGUUGUUGACUUCCUUUUUCUUCUCCCCCCACCCCCUCUCAUCCCUUGCCUCAAUCCAUGCAAAAGCACUUGGAUGAGAUACCAGAGGGUUGCUGGCACCAUAGAACCCUAUCCAGGGCUUUAAGUACAGCAGUGAAAAUAGUUAAAUUGGGGGUAAAAUGCUUGAAAUAGUGUAAUGUAUGUGAAACAUCGAGUUUUUUGUUUAGUUUUCUGCUGGAGAUUUGUAACUCUAAACUGUAACUCAAUGAGUUAUGAAAGGUUCACCCACUCUCUUACUCUUCCCCUCACUCCCAAAUGUUUUAUUACCUAACAUUUUUGAAAUGUUGAAUAAAUUGCAUUUGUGGUAGUUACAUUUUGCAUUAUGCAUUUGAGAACCAAAUUGAACCAGGUUUUUACAGCUGUGUGUUGUAUUACUUGUCUUGUGUGUCAUAAUACAUGCUAUUUCUUUUCUAGCUUAAAGGUGACCAAGUGCAGGAUGUGCAAACAAGUAAUUUGCAGUGCAAAACCAAGAAAUCUCAUGUUAACUUUGAGACAAGGAGCACUUUUUUUUUGUUUUCAGUUCUUUAGGAGGAGGAGGUUGGAAGGGAGAGAAAUGAGGAAUCAACCUCUCCCUUUUGGGAUCUCAAUCGUCGACUAAGUAAUUCGCACCCAUUUGCAUGGUUUGUUGGCACUCUGAGUGAGACUUCCUGUAGAUUUGUGGUUCACUUCCUGUGGGGAAACUGUUACUGGAGUGAUUGAAAGACUUCCAUCGAGUGAGCAAUUUUGAACUAACCAAUGAUGUGCUGCUUCCCCUCAGUUGUUGCAAAGCCCUGCUGUUAAAGGUUUCAAACUUUCAGCAACCUGACUCAUUUGUCCAAGAAUGACUCAGCUUCAGCUAUAACUGAACUGUCUCUAUACCCAUAGGUAAAUGCACAGUACUGCUUCAUUUCACACCCUGUACACUUUACUACUGUUCUCAUUAUCUGUGUACCCAAGCUUAUGAAGAGGCUGAGUAUUUAUUUCUAUGGUGCAAGGUAUUCGGAAUCAUGUUGGUGAGCCCCUCUUUAAAGGGAGCUUGAUGUUCCUUACUGCUGAAUCACCCAAGGCUGGCAUCUAGUCAGGUGUAGAGAAUCCAUGUGGUAGAGUUAUUAACUCAAAUUCCACCACGCUUCAUCUUGUAACAUUGCUCAGAAUUUCCUCAUUCUUGCAUUAAGGAAACUGCAGGAAAUGUUUCUUUUUUUGGCAGUUUGUGAAAAUAUCUGAAUCUCUCUUAAAAGUUCACAAUCUUAAAAAGACCUUGUAUCCAUACCAAGAUUUAGCCACUUGUAUCUAAACUGAAAUUAUUACCACUGAAGGUAAUUGAUCUGCCAAGACAGCUGGAGUGCUGAUCUCCUUGAACUGGUAGUUCUUUUGAGGGUACCUUUUUUAGGAUGUAGGUAAUACCAGCGAUUAGAACACUCACUUGUGUUAAAUUUACCUGAUGUAAACUACUGCUUGCUUUAGCCGUAGUAUUGCAGUGGACUUUGCUGUUGAAUAGCAACUCUACUGAUGAGUUAGCUGCUGAGAGGAAAAACAGUUGGUUAAUUGGACCAUUUCUGUGUUACUUGCAGUUUGGAUGCAUUGGGUUUGUUGUGUGACCUGUGGAAAACAGCAUUAUUUUACUUUGGAUUUAUUUUAGUACAUAAAAUGACUUGGCAUGUUUAUUGCCAUACUUGAGUGAUUCUCCAGCAUUACACAAUUUGCUGAAGUUCGAUCUGUUCAGAGACCUAUGUGCCUCAUUGUUGUUAUUACAGGACUAAUUAUGAAAUCAGCCACACCCCUUCACAUUUUUCAGAAUUUAUAUAUGGAGAGGAGUGCUUUCUACACAAAUGGUGAAUUUGGAUUGGAUGAAACCUGUACAUCCAGUUGGUGGGGAGGGUUGGGGGGAAAGAUGCACAAAAAAAGCAUGUCUAGACUUGUUAGAUGUUGACUAGGGAUCACGUUUUAAUUUGUCCUAUAUAGGAAAAAUGAGCCUGACUGAUUUACAUCUGUAACAAUCGGAGAUCAACUUCGCUUUCUGACAGCCAGUUGUUGUAUGGGCAUCUGUCUGAUUAGUAUUAGUUGCUAAAGCCAAAUUUGUGAUUCAUAAUGGAUUUCCUAGCAGCAGGACAUGCAAGCUUAGUCUCUUUUUAAUGUGCUCAAUAAUAGGUUUUGCAUGUGGUAUUGUGAAGUGUAUGCUCAAAUCAAGUUGGCAGCACAAGUAAAAUGUGGAAUGCAUCUAAUUUUGUAAUUAAUUGGAAUGUUAUUUUUCUAAAUAUUUCCUUGAAAAUUUUGAAGUGCUACGAAACAUACAUGUCUAAAAUUAGUAUUACUACAAAAUGCCCUGUACAAUUUUCAGAUCAGCAUGGGAAUGUCUUUUGCCUAGAGAUUGGACAGUGCAGUUUGGAGAUUCAUUCAUUAUAGCUUUAAAACAGGCAGGCACUGGCCAAGUGGUUUAUUAGAGGGAAUAUGCUUUCUAAGCUUUGUAGGAGCAUCCUGCAGUCAAAAUAGUAAAUGAUAUAGUCUUUUAUUUAAAUUUUAAAAAAGUUUGUGUUCUCCAUUUCUAGAGCUUUCCAGCUGCUCUAUUAGAAUAUAGGUUUCUUAAGGUUCGCGCUACUUUUCUUUCCUUCUUCACCCUCCCAACAGAAGAUCCCAGUAUACUGUAUAUUCUCAGAUAAAGUAUUUUGUCAAACUUCCAUGUGGGCAGAUUGUCUUUAUACAAGAUUCCUAAAAGCUGUUGGUGGCUAGGUACAUUUGAAUUGUGGGUUUGCAGACUUUGAAUAUUUUUUUCUAUCUGCAUGACAAAGACUUGGACUUGGUUUCCAAUCUCUGUGAAGCUCUGUGAUAUAUGGGCCUUUACCUUACAUCUUGGUCUACCAGAGAGGUAGGUGGUCAAAAGAUUGUGAUGACAGAUUGAUUUCAUCCAACAGUUUGCUGGAGGGGCUGUCUUUAAACUGUGAAAUGUAGGUUGGCACUAUUUUUAUUUUUAUAAUUUUCUAGAUGUUUUUGCAUUCCAGUUCCUGAAACAAAUGAGGCUGUACCAUUCUUCUGCUUCCCAAAUCUCAUUUUUUAAUUGUGUUUUCAAGAUGUUCAUUCUGAGAGAUUUGUUGUAAAAGGAGGUUGGAAGCUGGAUAUAAACUUUUUUGCUAUUUCCAGCUGACAAAACUGAAUUUCAAGUGAGGGGACCAAGAGAAGUGCUUACAAUUUCUGGAUUUAAUUGAUUCAAAUUAGCUUGUAAAUUUUAAACCUUCGGGGGAAUAAUGUAGCCUUCUCUCACUGAUGUGGACAUUGCUGGCCAGGUCAGUAUUUAUUGUUCAUUCCUAAUUAACCUAGAAGAUUGUGGUAAGCUGCCACAUUUGAAUCACUGCGCUCCAUAUGGAGUUGAUACAUCUGCAGUGCUGUUAGGAAGGGACUCGUAGCUUACAGUUUUGUCCCAGAACAACUAAUUGACUGCAUCAGUUCAAUGAACUUCUGUCCUUCGACCAGGCUAGUAAUUUUAAAUGCAAUAUGGAUGUAAUGUACCUUUGCACUUUGAGUAGGGGUUGGAAUAAUUUUGCAAUGCAGAUUAUUCUGUCCACCUACCUGGAGCAAGAUGCAUUACAGCAAGAAGAAAAUUAGGGGCAGGGAUAACAAAUCACUUCAAUCAAUUAUUUGACUUGAAUAAAUGAUCCUUUUGCGCUUAAUGUAGAGGAAACAAAACCAUGCGGAGGUCUAAUGUCUCAGCAAUUUGAGUAGUUGUGCCAUACAGAGCAGCAAGAUCAGUGCCUGUGUUGAGUUAACUGAUUUCUGAAGUGGUGGCAUUUGAGGCACUGUAUUGGCAUCUCCCAUUUAGCUGAAAAUUCAGCUGUGUUGGUGUAAUUGCAGUUACGUAACACCAGAUUUCUUGCCAUUGAAUAGCCUGCUAACAUUCAGUGUUGAGGCCUGUACACGGUUGCUGGCUACUUGGAUAUGUUGGGAAGAAAUCAGCAUCUGUAAAUCCAAACCUUGGCAAAUAACCAAUACCUUCAGAUAAUGGGAGGUGUGGAAAUUGGCAGCAGAGGAAUUGCUUAAAGGGAAGAAGACUGUCUGUCUAAUAGAUUUCAUUUUGUGUACUGCCGUACAACAGCAUUAUUUCAAUACAAAAAUGGUUUUUGUUCUCCACUCAACAAGGGCAAGUUAACUUCUGUACUUGUAAAUAUAGAUAUAUUCAUCUAGUAGAUAUACAAUUUUAUUUUUAUUUCCACUUGAAAAGUUACAUUUCGUAUUCAAAGUUUACAAAAAUAAAGGUUUUUAUUUCGAGAUCUUUUCAGUAUGAGAAUUGCCUUGACGGCAUCUAUGAUGUAAUGCAUAACUUCACUGCUAAUUUUUGCUUGUAGACUAGUUGAUGUCAGUAUUAAGAUUAACACUAGUUGCCAUCUUGGAAUAGAUAAUGAACGAAUGUUCACCUGAGCAUGUAUUUUGUAUCUAUAAACCUUGAAAUUGCAUUGUACACUAUAAUUGACAAACCAAGGAGAUAACCAGUGUGUGUACUGUUUCUAUCAAAAACACAAACCGAGAAUGGCAAAAACAUACCAAUAGAAUUUAGUAUUUGCUAAUUUUACUACACCUCGUUUGUUAUGUAUAUGUAGGGAAGUGAUAGGGAGAUGAAUUCAAUUUAUUGAGUAAAGUUUAAAACCAUAUAUUUUAUAAAGGGCCUUUAACUUAAUGUGGCCAAAGCACUGAUAUAUAUUUGCUGUAAAGAGAAUUAUAAGAGUUUUAUUUUUCUGAUAUUAAAAGUUACUUAAUAAAGACGGUUUCCAUUAA